AUGAAUAUUACGAAUCCUGUCAAAAUGUUCAAUAUGAAAAAUACUAAUCCAUGUGAAAAUGAUAAUAAAACUCUUGGAAUGGACCAAGCUUGCUUCACUGUUUUCAAUAAUAAUAAUGUUCCUAUUUCCUUGUAUUCUGCGAAUGAAGAAUGCUAUUUUAAACUGUGCGACUGUUUACCAUGGGCCAAUGUAUCGGCAAACAGCAAUUCUUCAUUAGUCGUAUCAACACGAUACCCAUUACAUUUUUAUUUUGUCAAAGGAGAAUAUCAGUGGUGUCAUGAUGGCUUUCACUUUCAAGAGUACGGUCAUUAUGGCUGGAACUUGUCUGAAGAACACAUUUGUUCAAGUGUUUACACUAUAACCGAACCUGGAAAUCCGUAUCUCCCUCUCUUAGCGGCGUUUAUGAUUUUCGUAAUUGGAGCAAUAAUAAUUGGAACAACACGUUUUUUUAUACAGAUGAUUAAAAAAUUUCGAACACGAAAUUCUCUCGAUGAUCAAAGUGAUACCGGACCAUUACAAGAUUCUGACUCUCCAGCUCAAACAUUAGUUAGAAUAACUAAAGCAAGUAUAAGAGUUCGAUCUAUCGAUACUUUUAGAGGUAUUGCUGUUUUGCUAAUGAUAUUUGUAAACAACGGAGGAGGGAAAUACGUAUUUUUCAAUCAUUCCCCAUGGUAUGGAUUAACAGUAGCUGAUCUUGUAUUACCUUGGUUUGCCUGGAUUAUGGGUUUGACAAUUGUACUAUCAGUACGCUCUCAAUUACGACUCUCAAUUCCACGAUCAAGAAUAAUUAUGAAAAGUCUCAAACGUGCUUUAAUCCUCAUUCUUUUGGGAUUAAUUAUUAAUGGACAUCAAGGCACGAAGUUAAGUGACUUGCGUUUUGCUGGUGUUCUUCAAUUACUUGGAAUUACUUAUUUUAUUUGUGCUGGUAUUGAAACUCUAACUAUGCAAGCUCAAAGAAAUUUUCAUUAUGGAAGAUUUGCAUUUCUUCAAGAUAUUCUUGAUGCCUGGAUACAAUGGUUAAUAAUUUUAACACUUACUGCAAUCCAUUUGCUACUAACAUUUUUAUUGCCAGUGCCAGGCUGUCCAAAAGGCUAUUUUGGCCCAGGUGGAAUAAUGAAUACUUUGUCGGCUGUAUUGAUUGUUGCAUUAGGAGUACAAGCUGGAAGAAUUUUAUUUUGCUACUAUUUGCAUAACUUUUCAAAAAUUAUUCGAUGGUUUUGUUGGGCAGUUGUUCUUGGAUUAAUAGCAGGUUUUUUGUGUAAUUGGAGUAAAGAAGGAGUCAUUCCAAUCAGUAAAAAUAUGAUGACAAUAUCAUUUGUAUUAACAACGUCCAGUUUUGCAUUUAUUCUUUUUGCUAUUUUGUACUUUUUAAUUGACCACCAUCGCAUUUGGGCCGGAGCUCCGUUUACAUACGCUGGAGCUAAUGCAAUUUUUUUGUACAUGGGCCAUUAUUUUACUAUUCAAAGUUUUCCAUGGACAUGGACAAUUGAUAAUCCUACCCAUGCUUCACUCUUUGCUAUAAAUUUGUGGACUACAGUACUCUGGACAUUAAUCGCUUAUGGGCUUUAUCAAAAAGAUAUAAUAAUAUCUAUCUAA